GUCAGCCAUUAAACCUGUUUGCUGCUGAACCGAACUGGGAUACGUGUUCUACAAACACGAAUCCAAAUACCGGCUCCUGUGUCUCUUGUUUGUCUUUGUCAUAUUUUAUCAUAAAAAAGUAACUACAUUUUUGCCUAAAGAUGAGACUACGGUCAAGAAGUAUUUCUUUAGAGAGCGAAUCACCUCCAACGCCCAACGUUAAACAGUGUAAUGCUAACCGUCGUCGACAACAAGCCUCCAAACGAACACCCUCCGUCGAGAAGCAGGAUCAAGUCAAGGGAGAGGAGCCAACACAGCUAGACUCCCCUGAUGUGUUUGAUGCCCAUGACGUUCCAGUGGCCACUAGACGCCCCAUGCCACGAAUGGUUGGCAGGAAAAGGGCCCUGCCUUUUGAGGAUAAAGCGGAUGUGGACUUCCGUACCCCAGUUCGUGUGCGACACCAAAGACUGAACACCUUAGCUGAGAGUCAACCUGCCACACCCACACCUCUCUGCCUCACUGCACGGAACAUUUAUUCCCCCAUUGUGCGGUUCCUCACCCCCACCAAAGAGAAUGUGGAGUCUCCCCAGGGGCCCCUCCGGAGCCCAGAGCCCUGCGUCUUUGCCUUUGGUACUAUUUCCCCUCUUACCGAGGAGGAGGACAACGAAGAGGUCUUCAGCCCAUUCACUUUUGUUAAGAACAUUCCAUCACUAUCCCAACAUUCAAGACCUACGAUCAAAGACAUACCACCCAAGACCAGAAGCACACCUCAAGCCACUCUAGUGUUAGAUCUGGAUGAAACUCUCAUGUUCAGCUCACUCAGCGUUAUCGAGGAUGCUCAGUACACAUUUCACACAAACUUUCAGGACAAUAAAUACAAAGUCUACGUGAUCCUUAGGCCAUACGUGAAAGAGUUUUUACAGGCCAUGUCAAAAAUCUUUGAGAUGUUUAUUUACACCUCAGCCAAGAAAGAAUAUGCUGAAAACAUUGUGGACAUCUUGGACCCCAAGAGGAAGUUGUUUCGUCAUCGCCUGUACCAGCAAAACUGCUGUUGUGUUCUGGGACACUAUGUGAAGGACCUGAGUGUGCUGCAGAGGGAUCCAAUGAGGACCGUGAUCCUGGACAACGCUCCUCACACCUACCCAUACCAUCUGAUGAACAUGAUUCCCGUUAAGAGCUGGUUUGGGGAAGAGGACGACCAGGAACUUCAGAGGCUGAUACCCCACCUGGAGAAACUGGCUGAAGCGGAGGACGUUCGGGAGGUACUGAAGAGAAGGACCGAUCACUUCCACAGGCUCCUGUCUGAAGACUAACCCUAAGCUUGGCACAGUGCUCUUUGCUUAUCCCUUCUCUGUUGAGCCCAUUCAUCAGCACCCACGUGGAUAUAACUUUACACAUCACAUUAUGCAAACUUCUAGCCAGGAGGCAAAUCGGGCUUCUUUUGUUUCACCUCUUCUAAAUCCCAGACCCCAUGUUCUGGUUUUGUCAUUUGUCAGCCAUAGAGCUUAAAUCCAAGAUGAACAGCAGUGAAAGAAUUUCCACCUCAACACCUAUCUUUCACCACAGGAAUAAUGACUAAAGUGAACCAAAGACCAUAGACCAAUGUCAAACCUCUCCAUUAGAAUAUUGUAUUUUGAUGGCCAGUAUAUUACUUUAUUUUACGACCUGCGCUGCCACGAUAUGCCCAUAUUGUGUGCAAUAGAGGAUCUUCUGAGCAAUACAGUUAUGAUGUCGAUCGAUGAAUUUGGGAAACACCUGUACACUGGCUUGUACAUUUCAUGUUUGUAAUUUGCUGUAAAUAUUCAUUCAUUCUACAUGAAAUUUCUAUUCUUUUUUUAAAUAGCUAUUUAUCCUGUCAUCCUUUAUCCAAGCAUAAUUUAUAUAAUAAAGAUGAGCAUCCAUGAUUGUCAA